GGGAAGAUCAACCCCAAACCCCAGGAUUCUUUGGGAAUGUGAGGGAUGAGAUGGGAAGAACAAUCCCAGACCCCAGGAUUCUUUGGGAAUGUGAGUGUUGGGAUGGGAAGAACAAUCCCAAAUCCCAGGAACACAAGGAGAUGCCGAGCAGGAAAAUCCCUCCCGCUGCUGGGGUGACCUCCAGGCUGCCUCGAGGGUGCCUCACCCUCCGGAACCUCUGGAUCCGGCUGGGAAUUCUCUCCCUGGAGCUUCCUGCCAACCAGGGAAGCGUUUCCUCUCCCCAGUGCCAGAUCCCACGGGAUUUUCCACUCCCUCUCAGGAUGUCUCCGCUCUUAUCUCACUCCCCUCUCAUUAUCUCCUCCCAAGGCAGCGAUUCCGCCUUUUCCUCCCCCUUCCUGCGAGGUUUUCUCACCCUCUGGCCGCUCUUCCCUCCCUUUUCGGCCUUUUCCUGGGAUUUGUGUUUUAUGGGAAGCGCUGGCAGAGCUGGGGCUGGCUCUGGAGCAGCUGGAAAUCUGGGAUUUUGGGAUGUACCUGGUGGGAAGGAGGCUCUGGGGGUGUUUUCCCUCACCCCUAAACCAGGAUUCAGUUUUGGAUGUCCCUGCGAGCUGAGCAUUCCCUGGAUAUUCACUGGAUAUUCCCUGGAUAUUCCCGGGAUCCUCAGGGCCACUUUCUGCAGCUCCUGCCCAAUUCCCAUUCCCAAAAGAGUCCCCGAGCUCGGCCCGCAGGUGACAGCGACAGCUGCGUCCCCUCUGGCCCCUCGGGAAUUCCGCCAGCAUCGCUUUCCACACGAGCCGCGACUUUUCCAGGUGCAGACAGGAGGAGACCUUGGGAAAAAUUCCCAGGAUUUGGGCCAGACACCCACGUGGUGCUCCAGUUUUGGAGCACCCUCUUUUCCCACUUUUUCCCCUUUUUUUUCCCCCCCUUUCCUCCCCUUCUCGGCUCCCGGCAGCUGCGGCGCUCCGAGAAUUCCCAAGCCAUGCAUUUUUAAUUCCCUGAGAACCAGCAGCCAUUUCAGGAGCGGCGAGCGGUGCCAGAGGCUCCAUGGACGCGCUGCUCCCUUUCCCUGGAUGCGAAUUCCCGAAUUUCCGGGCUGGAGGUGGGCGCUGGCCCCCAGGAGGAAGGAAAAGGGGUGACCCCGUGUGGGGACGGUCAGGGCUGGUGGCGCUGAGGGGAGGAUGGGGAUGGGGAUGAGCCGGGAGAGAGUCCUGGAGGAUCCCACAGAUCCAGGGUGGGAUUGGUGGAGGAUCCCAAGAGGAUCCCACAGAUCCAGGGUGGGAAAGUGGACGAUCCCACUGAUCCAGGGUGGGAAAGUGGAAGAUUCCGCUGAUCCAGGAUGGGAUUGGUGCUGGAGGAUCCCACAAAUUCUGAGUGGGAUUGGUGGAGGAUCCCAAGAGGAUCCCACUGAUCCAGGGUGGGAUUGGUCCUGGAGGAUCCCAGGAGGAUCCCACUGAUUUGGGGUGGGAUUGAUGCUGGACAAUCCCAGAAGGAUCCCACAGAUCCAGGGUGGGAUUGGUGGAGGAUCCCAGGAGGAUCCCACUGAUCCAGGGUGGGAUUGGUGCUGGAGGAUCCCACAAAUCCUAAGUGGGAUUGGUGGAGGAUCCCAGGAGGAUCCUACUGAUUUGGGGUGGGAAAGUGGAAGAUCCCACUGAUCCAGGGUGGGAAAAGUGCAGGAUUCCCACAGAUCCAGGGUGGGAUUGGUGGAGGAUCCCAGGAGGACCCUACUUAUCCAGGGUGGGAUUGGUGGAGGAUCCCAGAGGAUCCCACAGAUCCAGGGUGGGAAAGUGGAGGAUCCCACAGAUCCAGGGUGGGAUUGGUGGAGGAUCCCAGGAGGAUCCCACUGAUUUGGGGUGGGAUUGAUGCUGGACAAUCCCAGAAGGAUCCCACAGAUCCAGGGUGGGAUUGGUGGAGGAUCCCAGAGGAUCCCACUGAUCCAGGGUGGGAAAAGUACAGGAUCCCACAGAUCCAGGGUGGGAUUGGUGCUGGAGGAUCCCAGGAGGAUCCCACUGAUCCAGGGUGGGAAAGUGGAAGAUCCCACUGAUCCAGGGUGGGAAAGUGGAAGAUCUCACAGAUCCCAGGUGGAAUUGGUGCUGGUGGAUCCCACCGAUCCAGGGUGGGAAAAGUGCAGAAUCCUACUUAUCCAGGGUGGGAUUGGUGGAAAAUCCCACUGAUCCAGGGUGGGAAAAGUGCAGGAUCCCACUGAUCCAGGGUGGGAUUGGUGCUGGAUCCCAGGAGGAUCCCACUGAUCCAGGAUGGGAAAAGUACAGGAUCCCACAGAUCCGGGGUGGGAUUGGGGCUGGAGGAUCCCAGGAGGAUCCCACUGAUCCAGGAUGGGAUUGGUGGAGGAUCCCAGGAGGAUCCCACAGAUCAAGGGUGGGAUUGGGGCUGGAGGAUCCCAGGAGGACCCUACUUAUCCAGGGUGGGAUUGGUGGAGGAUCCCAGAGGAUCCCACUGAUCCAGGGUGGGAAAGUGGAAAAUCCCACAGAUCCGGGGUGGGAUUGGUGCUGGAGGAUCCCAGAAGGAUCCCACUGAUCCAGGGUGGGAAAGUGGAAGAUCCCACAGAUCCCAGGUGGGAUUGGUGGAAGAUCCCAGAAGGAUCCCACUGAUCCCAGGUGGAAUUGGUGCUGCAGGAUCCCACUGAUCCAGGGUGGGAAAAGUGCAGAAUCCUACUUACCCAGAGUGGGGAAAAUGGAGGAUUGCCAUUGAUUCAGGAUGGAAAAAGUGCUGGAAAAACCUCAUUGAUCCAGGGUGGGAAAAGUGGAGGAUCCCACAGAUUCGGGGUGGGAUUGGUGGAGGAUCCCAGGAGGAUCCCACUGAUUUGGGGUGGGAUUGGUGCUGGAGGAUCCCACUGAUCCAGGGUGGGAUGGGUGGGAUCAGUGCUGGAGGAUUCCCAUUGAUUUAGGGUGGGAAAAGUGCAGGAUCCCAUAGACCCAAGGUAGGAGAAGUGGAGGAUCCCAUUGAUGCGGGCUGGGAAAAGUGGAGGACUCCAAAGAUCCAGGAUGGGAUUGGUGCUGGAAAAACACCAAUAAUCCAUAGUGGGAAAAGUACAGGAUCCCAUUGAUCUGGGGUGGGAUUGGUGCUGGAGGAUUCCCACUAAUCCAGGGUGGGGAAAAUGCAGGAUCCCACUGAUCCAGGAUGGGAAAAGUGGAGGAUCCCACAGAUCCAGAGUGGGAAUGGUGCUGGAGGAUCCCACAAAUCCAGGGUGGGAAAAGUGCAGGAUCCCACUGAUCCAAUGUGGGAGAAGUGUCCAAGGUUCCCUGCUGAACCAGGUUCCCUGGAUCCGUCAUCCCUGUCCCUGAUCCCCGGGAUGUUCCCUGCGGCUCUCACUGGGAUAAGGAUGGAAUUUGCGUGGCAGGAAUUCCCGGGAUAAGAUUUGGUUUGUGUGGCAGGAGUUCUCGGGAUAAGGACGGGUUUGUGUGGCAGGAAUUCUUGGGAUAAGGAUGAGCUCCUGUGGUGGGAAUUCUCGAGAUAAAUACGGGUUUGUGUGGCGGGAAUAUUCGGGAUAACGGUGAGAUCCUGUGGCAGGAAUUCCAUGGAUAAGGACGGGUUUGUGUGGCAGGAAUUCUCGGGAUAAGGACGGAUUUAUGUGGCAGGAAUUUUCGGGAUAAGGACGGGUUUGUGUGGCAGAUAUUCUCGGAAUAAGGAUGGGUUUGUGUGGCAGGAAUUGUCGGGAUAAGGAUGGGUUUGUAUGGCCGGAAUGUUCGGGAUAAGGAUGUACUCCUGUAGUAGGAAUUCCCGGCAUAAGAAUGUGUUCCUGUGGCAGGAAUUUUCGGGAUAAGGAGGUGCUCCUGUGGCAGGAAUUCCAUGGAUAAGGACGGAUUUUGUGGCAGGAAUUCCCAGGAUAAGGAUGGCUUUGUGUGGCAGGAAUUCUCGGGAUAAGGACGGGUUUGUGUGGCAGGAAUUCUUGGGAUAAGGACGGGUUUGUGUGGCAGGAAUUCUCGGGAUGAGGACGGGUUUGUGUGGCAGGAAUUCUUGGGAUAAGGAUGGGUUCCUGUGGUGGGAAUUCUCGGGAUAAGGACGGGUUUGUGUGGCAGGAAUACUCGGGAUAAGGAUGGGGAUGUGUGGCAGGAAUAUUCGGGAUAAGGAUGAGACCCUGUGGUGGGAAUUCUCGGGAUAAGGAUGGGUUUGUGUGGCAGGAAUUUCCGGGAUAAGGACGGAAUUUGUGCGGCAGGAAUUCUCAGAGCGCGGAAUUUCGGCUCCCUUGUGAAACCAGCAGCGACCUUCCCUGUCCCCGCUGUCCCUCUCCCGGGAAUUCCCCAUUCCCAGCCUGCUGCCAGCUCCCCACGGGAGCAUUCCCAGCAUUCCCAUUGCCAGGAAUGCUCUGACGUGUCCCCGCUCUGUCCCCGCGCAGGUGGAUGAGGAGGGAGCGCUGUGAGCCCUGCCCGUGACACCGCUUCCAGGGCCCCGGGCGGGCGCUGAGCGCGGCCCCGGCGCGGUGCGGCCCCGG